AUGGCUGCCAUGAAAGCUGCUAGGGAGGCUGGCGCUUUACUUUCUUAUGAUCCUAACGUAAGGGAACCACUCUGGCCUUCUGCUGAAGCUUGCCGUGAAGGUAUCAAGAGCAUAUGGAAUAGCGCUGAUAUUAUCAAGUUGCUGUUAGUAACUGAUGGGGAGAAAGGGUGCAGAUACUUCACCAAGAACUUCAGAGGAGCUGUGGGAGGAUUCUCGGUGAACACAGUGGAUACUACAGGAGCUGGUGAUGCUUUUGUUGGUUCAGUACUUUGCUCUGCUGCCAAAGAUUCAUCAAUUCUGGAAGACGAAAGCAGACUGAGAGAAGCUCUUAAGAUGGCUAAUGCUUGCGGCGCAAUUUGUACAACUAGGAAAGGAGCUAUUCCAGCACUCCCAGACAAUGCUGCUGCACAGAAGCUCAUCUCGGAUUCCCACUAG